AUUGGCUCACUCGGGCAAGCCGCAUCAAGCUCUCUGAUUGGGCGUUAGUGAUGGCCAUAGCUCCAUCGUGUUGCAACUUUCUUUUGAGCUCUCGUGAAAGUAGUUCCACAACCCACCUCAUUCCCCACCACCAAUAGAGAGAGAUACGACGAUGGAGCCGGCAACCUUCAAAAUCGACGAGAUGGUUCCCCUAGUGGACCUUAACGAGCCCGCUGGCGCGACGGUGGCUGCAAUGGUUACGUCGUCGACUAUCUCCGCUGAUGAGGUUGCGCUCUAUGAUCGACAGAUCAGACUGUGGGGCAUGGAGGCACAGGAGAGAAUGCGCAAUGCCAACGUCCUCAUCAUCACCAUGCGUGCCCUAGCAAACGAGGUUGCAAAGAACUUAGUUUUGGCUGGAAUAGGCUCCUUGACAGUCCUCGAUUCGGAAGAUGUUGUGGAGGAUGAUUUGGGUGCGCAGUUCUUCGUGUCGGAGGAGCACGUUGGAAUUAACAGAGCGAUAGCUGCUGUUCCAACCAUCCAGAAAUUGAAUCCUCGCGUUCGCGUGUACGCCGAUGCCGGCAAGCUCCACGACAAACCGACGGAGUACUUCAACGAUUUCGACAUCGUGAUUGCUACGGAAUUGGGUUUCAACGAUAUGCAUCUGAUCAAUGAAGCCACCCGCAAGUGGGGCAUCCGUUUCUACGCUGCCGCAACUUACGGUCUUUACGGCUUCGUCUUUGCAGAUCUGAUCAGACACCAGUUCGUCCUGAAGCGUGUCAAGGCCAACAAACUCACGCAGUGUGGCAAGGAGACCCGUACGCGCAGCGUCGUCUCGACCACGGAAACGAAGGAAGGCGCUACCGACUAUGAGUUCGUCACGAAGGAGGAAAUCUACUGCACAUUGUCCGAAGCGGUGGCGUCCCGCCUCGAAAAGUCGUGGCGCCCCAAAAAACGCCAUCAAGUCGGCUCCGUCCUGCCGGGUAUCUUGGGGCUGUGGAAGUUUCAGCAGGAGUUCGGAAGACUGCCGGAAUCCACAAAGGAGGAUUACAAACAGUUCACCAAGUUGAUGAUCGAGACGGGCCAGGCGCUGGAAAUGCCCCAGGAACUCGUCAGAGCGGACUUCAUCAGACAAUUCGUUGGCAACGUGUCGGCCGAGCUCUCCCCCGUUGCGGCCGUGCUCGGUGGUAUCCUCGCGCAGGACGCCAUCAACGUCUUGGGUAAGAUGGAGCAGCCGAUCCAGAAUCUCUUGCUUUUCGACGGCGACACCAGCGAGGCGCCCAUCAUCGUGUUGGCCCCACAAGAGGAUUAACUUGACGUUUGGUAGGGGAGGUAUCUGGGUUGGAAUUUACACACUUUACAUGGCGCAUCGUUCUUAGACGGAUAACUACGGUUGUAUACUAUACUUUACUUGCUUUGAGGGAGAUUUCAUUUCAUGGGGAUCACUGUCUUUUCGUAUUCCAUACCAUUUUCUGCCAUUCUAAUAGUUUACACUGUUUGGUGAAUCAUGUUUCGGUGUUGGCUCGAACAAGGGUUGACGCCACACACCCG